AUGGCGGCUGCGAUGGAGACAAGGCUGCGCGGUGCAUUUGAGCUCGGGUGCUUUGAAACUGGGAAGGUGACUGGAGGCAGGCGAGAGCCUGGUGUUACCGGAAGUGGAUCUGUUCUGAGCCAGGUUGGAUUCAGCUUCCGGGUUAUGUGCAUGCUGGGCCACACGUGGGUAUGAGACCAGGAUUAUAACAGCCAGUCCCACAUACACCUCAAGGUAAAUUAAUAAAGAUUCAUUGUAAAAUAUGGCAGCUGUGGAUUUAGUCAUAAUUAAUUUUAUUAUCAUUGAAACUCCAUAUUGUGAAUGUCAGUAAUAGAUAUCUGCUUUCCCACAUUCUCAUGGUUGUUGGUAUUAAUGCAAAUUAUUUAAAGUAUAGAAACAGAAUGUGACAGCCCAUCUAGUCUGCCCAAUAUUCUAAAUACUUUCAUUAACACCUGGAUUUAUCUUACAGCGAGUAUACUUUAUCUUAUAUCGAGUAUACUUAUAGCUAGUAUACUUUAUCUUACAGCUAGUAUACUUUAUCUUACAGCUAGUAUACUUAUAGCUAGUAUACUUUAUCUUACAGCUAGUAUACUUAUAGCUAGUAUACGUUAUCUUACAGCUAGUAUACUUAUAGCUAGUAUACUUUAUCUUAUAGCUAGUAUACUUUAUCUUACAGCUAGUAUACUUAUAGCUAGUAUACUUUAUCUUACAGCUAGUAUACUUAUAGCUAGUAUACGUUAUCUUACAGCUAGUAUACUUAUAGCUAGUAUACGUUAUCUUACAGCUAGUAUACUUAUAGCUAGUAUACGUUAUCUUACAGCUAGUAUACUUAUAGCUAGUAUACUUUAUCUUAUAGCUAGUAUACUUUAUCUUACAGCUAGUAUACGUUAUCUUACAGCUAGUAUACUUAUAGCUAGUAUACUUUAUCUUAUAGCUAGUAUACGUUAUCUUAUAGCUAGUAUAUGUUAUCUUAUAGCUAGUAUAUGUUAUCUUAUAGCUAGUAUAUGUUAUCUUAUAGCUAGUAUACGUUAUCUUACAGCUAGUAUACCUAUAGCUAGUAUACCUAUAGCUAGUAUACUUUAUAUUACAGCUAGUAUACUUAUAGCUAGUAUACGUUAUCUUAUAGCUAGUAUACUUUAUACUUUAUCUUAUAGCUAGUGUACUUUAGGGGACUCUCUUAUAUGUUCAUUUGUGUUGUAUUUUGCAACCUCAUUGGUUCGCCUUUGUCUUGACAAUGUAACUUAUUUAUAAAGCGCCAACAUAUUCCGCAGCUCUCUAAAAAUGGGAAAGAGAGUGCAAUAUAAACAGACCAAUGAAAAGGGCCCUGAAGAUCGGCCGAAUGGUUCUUAUCUGCCGUCACAUUCUAUGUUUCUAAGAUGUUUCGUACAUAGUGCUUUGAUGGAUAAACCGUGAGCUUGCAAUCUAAAAACUUGGAGAUUUAUUGCAGUUUUGUUCACAAUUCACGUUUUAGUAAAUAAUCCAGUGAGCUGUGUCAAACAGGAAUAACAGAAAUAACUAGGAGGAACUCUCACACUUACUGAAUCCAACCCCACAAUAGGGGGAGUCCUAAAUAAUCGCCCGGUUACUCCUAGGAUUGACAGCUCUAGGUAACUGAUUAAAACUCAACUUUUAUUCAUUAGAAAAAAAUCUAAACAUAAAAAAAAAUGGAAAAGCCCAAUGCCAAGUUCAAUACCUACACCCUGAUAAUUACAGAGAACAGACUGUGUGUGACUAAAAAAAAAAUCAAUGAGUUGAAAAUUAGAGCUUCAUACCAUGUUUCACUUUCUGAGAAAGAUAGUGUACUAAAAGUCAAUGUGUAAUUAUGACAUUUUUGAGGAAAACAUUUACUAGUUAUAAAUGCUGAGUUGUUAAAGGGACAUGCCCCUGCAGCCUCACUGCUUAAUCCUCUGCCAUUUAGGAGUUAAAUCCCUUUGUUUAUGAACCCUAAUCACACCUCCUUGCAUGUGACUUGCACAGCCUUCCAUAAACACUUCCUGUAAAGAGAGCCCUAUUUAGACUUUCUUUAUUGCAAGUUCUGUUUAAUUAAGAUUUUCUUAUCCCCUGCUAUGUUAAUAGCUUGCUAGACCCUGCAAGAGCCUCCUGUAUGUGAUUAACCCCUUAAGGACCAAACCUCUGGAAUAAAAGGGAAUCAUGACAUGUCACACAUGUCAUGUGUCCUUAAUGGGUUAAAGUUCAAUUCAGAGAUUGAGAUACAAUUAUUUAAGGUAAAUUACAUCUGUUUGAAAGUGAAACCAGUUUUUUUUUUUCAUGCAGGCUCUGUCAAUCAUAGUCAGGGGAGGUGUGGCUAGGGCUGCAUAAACAGAAACAAAGUGAUUUAACUCCUAAAUGACAGUGAAUUGAGCAGUGAAAUUGCAGGGGAAUGAUCUAUACACUAAAACUGCUUUAUUUAGCUAAAGUUAUUUAGGUGACUAUAGUGUUCCUUUAACUAAACACAAUUUGGAUCAAUAUUUGUAGUAGAAAGCAAAUAUGUUGGGAAACAGUGACAUUUUAACUAACUCAGCAAUGCAAUAAGAAUCAAUUAACAAGGUCCUGCACAUAGAAUAGUUUAUACAUACUAUUUACUUGUUUGCUUUUAUUGUGCUUAAAGGGUUUUUUCAGCCAUAAUGACUACUUCAAUGUUUUGAAGUGCUCAUGGUGCAAGGACCAUGUAUAUAUCAAGUAUGAAAAACUGCACAUACUUGGAAAUUUUAUGUUGCUGCUGGAAGUGUAGCCUAUGGCAGCAGUUAUUAGACAGGCCAAAUUGUCAAUUCUGGGCUGGCUAUUUAAAUCUGCCUUUGCUCAAGCGUUCAUUAACUGGCUGGGAGCUCUACGCUGAUGUUUUAGUUUAAAAAUUAACUUCGGGAUCAGAAUCUGGCUUCUGCACAUACGGCUCAGCCGGAAUUCUCUGAGGUUGGAAGCAGGUAAGAAGCAAACCAUUGUAAAAUUGUUAGCCCACUUCCUCGGGAACGAUGCUAGGGUACACUACAGUGGGCUGCAAAGGCUAUGAUACUCUGAGUAACCCUUUCAGUUUUUGCUCAUAAAUCCAUGCUAUAGGCAUGGAUGUGUGAGCAUUUGGUUCCUUACAUAACACAUACUAGGUUAUUCACUAAAAUGAGAAUUGAAGGGGAAUUCAAACCAAAUUUAAGGUUCAAAUAGCAAAACUGGAAAAUUUCUUUAAGUCCGCUAUGCGUCCAGUGCGAUUACUCUGGACUUCAAUCUGAAAUUCACUUUGAAUUCUCACUUUAGUUAUUAACGCUGGUAGAGUGCAGCCACAUGCUAAGAAUAAUUGGAGCAGGUGCAUAACUCUAAUGCACGUAACAUAUUGUUAGCCGGAUCGGCAAACUUCAGGAGAGUAUCAUGUUUGAUCUGUAUAUUUAUUUGGGGGGGUUGAUUACAUUUCAAUACUUGCCUGGAGUCAUUCUAAUAAAUGUAUAAAAGCCUGACAUUCUACUAUGUUGAUUUCAAUUUGCACGAAUUGAUUACUAUAACAUUUGAAUUUUCAUAAUUUACAUUUUAUAUGUAAAACAAUCUCUCAAACAUUUGGGGAUGACGAAUAUAUUGAAUAUAUGUCGAGGCUUUGGAUAUGUCCCUAUACAGAGAUCUUGAACCUAUGCUUUUCUAAGAGUAUAAAAUAUAUAGAGGUUUAUUAUCAGUCCUCAGUGUCCAGGUUUAAAUGAGCCAAGAUCGGGGACGCAGAAACACAAAAACGUAAUGCCAGGCUUGGUAUAGGAGUCUUGAAAACAGGAUAGUCAAACAAGCUAGAUCAGUUUAGCAGAGAAUACAAUGAACAAAGAACGCUCUAUUGGGAAUCUCAAAUGAGACCGCAGCAGGGCAUGAUACAGAACAUGUAUCAAUGGCUUGCACCAUUCCUGUACUCUCAGAACAUGUAAGCGUUGACGGUGGAAUGACGCAGGGCUAUUUGUGUCUGCAAAUUCUCCCUUGGAUGUCUUAUCAGAAAGUUAUACACAGGAUCAACUUGUACGCUGGCAUGGUAAUUUUGUUACCCAAUAAUUGAUUCUCACUCGCACUCCACAGCACUGUUUUCGAGAUAAAAUAGAACAAUCAUUUUGUCCAUCUUUCAUUGCAGAGAAAAAUACACUGAAGCCAUGGAAGAAAGCUUUCCUCGUGGAGGUACCCAAUCAAAGUCAACCCAACCAAAGAUUAAAAAGAGGCCACAGGAAAAUGAUAACCUGUUCUCUGUAAGUAAUGUGGAGUGUUGUAUGUCAUGUUAGCAUUUAAAGGAACGUUACAAGUACCAGUUUUACAGCUUAUCACUCUCAGCCACUGAGCUAAGCCCAGCAUUGUAGGAUUUAGCUCGGGAGAACUAACAGAAGAUAAGAAGGCCAAUUGUUUACAAACAGUUUGACUCCUUAGAGUAGGGGAUGCCGUUGUACUCCUGGGACUAUUACCACUACAGUAAACUGUAAUUUUAUGAUGCUUGGAGCGCUCCUUUACUCUCCCUCUCAAAUGUAUGAUCGUGGCUCAGAGUUUUUUACAUUAAGCUGUUAUGGAGUCUGUCUGAGGAAGUGGGAACUUAAAUACCAUGCUCCUUUUAAACAAAUAUUUGGAUAAAUUAUAUGGGAAGGUAGUGUUUGGUAGGACAUUUGUGAGUGUAUUGUUUUGUUUUCUGUGUUAUUUGAUUGAACAAAAGAUUAGCUGUUGUGUUCCGGAGUAGUAUAUGUGUGUGGUAGGUGGUAAAUACUAUGUAACUUGAAAUAUAUGUUCUGUUGGAAAGUUUAGUGGCUCGUUCAUUUUCUUUUCUCUCUCACUAAAUGUAUCUUUUAAAUGUAAUGAUUGUACAAAGCCUGUUAAAUUUACUGUUUUUUGGGGGGGUCGUUUAACCAGACCCAUCACGAAGAAGAUGACAAUGAACCAAUCAAGAAGAAAAAGAAGACCAUUCUGGUCAGAGAGGAACCAAAGUUUAUUCGCCAGGAAAAGCGGAAAACACCUGUUUCAAAGGAGCAACCUGUGGAUAUCCUGAGGUUUAAGGUCUGUUUUUCUAUUUAGCUUUCCUUUUCUUUUCCUGGUGGGGAUGCAUAAUAUUCUAUUCUAAUUGUGGUGUGCAAUCUACUUCAAAUUAUUCACUAAAAUAUAAACUACAAUAUAGCAAAUUGAAAUCCAAAUUACAAAAUUGAGGUUAAAAUGGCCAAUUUGUAAUUUUAGCUGUGUUGGAGAAUAUUUCCAAAUCACCUGAAUUUUGUCAAUUAGAUUAGAAUUUACUACAAUUUGGAAUUUUAGUGAAGAAAACCCAUGUGUUUAUGAUUAAUUCCUGUUGUAUGAGUAGUGUUUACCAGUAAAUAAUAUUUAUUAAAAUAGAUGCAUGCCCUUUCAAAGCCUGUCUUUUGAGAACAUUAUAUUUAAUUUCUUUUGUUUUGUUUUUUGUUUACCUCUAAAGGGGAGCUGUCGCUUCCUGGGAUUUUUAAUUGUUAUCUUUACAUCCCACACGGCUUUAACAAAUAUAUCUUUCAGGGGUGUGAAAAAAUAAAAUUAAAUCUGCACCUCUUUAUCUUGCAACAGGGUGCCUCCAUCUUACCUCCCUGUCAGUCAUUGUUAUAAGCCAGGGGUGUCCAAAAGGUAGAUCCCCAGAUGUUCUAAAACUACAACUUCUUUCAUGCUUUGUCAUUUUAAAGGCAUGCAAAGCAUCGUGGGAAUUGCAGUUCUACAAUAUCUAGGGAUCUACCUUUUGGACACCCCUGUUAUAAGCUCUGUCCUUUGCACCUUGCAGUCAGCAUAGAGAAGCCAAUCAGAAAAGAAGAUUAAUGAAACAAUGUUUCUAUGUCUUCUUAUUUGCAUUGUGUGCCCUGGCUGUGCCUAGGCUUAGCUGUAUUAUGAUGCAAUUUGCUAAAUCUCGAAUAAUCAUCUGGAAGAAAAAAAAGGUGAUCACAUAAAAAAAAAUCAAAACAGACGUUUUAGCUGAUUUUCUAUUUUUUAUUUAGGGGUGUAAGAAGUGACCGUUCGUUCCUCUGUAACCUUAUAAUAUAUUUUUAUGAGCAAACUCCCAGAUUUUCCCCCAUCCUUUCCUUACUUCCUCUAUAAAGUGAUUCCUUACUACACGCUUAGCGUUAUUUACUAAGGAGUGAAUGUAAAGUGAAUUUCAAAUUCAAGGCCAAGGUACCUGAAAGGAAAGCAUAACUGACUUACAUUUUUUUGCAGUUUGGCUAUUUCCCCCUUAACUUUGAUAUUCACCUUGAAUUUUAACUUUAAUAAGUAACUCUGCCUGUAUUCUACAUACAUGUUCUGUACCCAGCUUUGUUAGUCCUAUCAGAUGGCACUCUUCACCUGGCACUCCUUUGUUUCAGAAUCUCAAUGUUGGCAUGCUGUUCCUGGGAUGUGUAAAAGAAGUUAAAGACUUUGAAAUGGCUAUCAGUCUGCCAUAUGGGAUGACGGGAUAUGUCCAUGCAACACAUAUUUGCGAGGCAUACUCUAAAAUUCUAAGUGAACAGGCAGAAAAAGAUGUCCCUUUGGAGGUAAGAACUCGUUCAUAUGUUUUUUUGCAACAAUGGCUUUUUGUUGUGUGUACCAUGUACGCAGACAAAAAUUUAUAUUUUGCUAACAAAAUAAUGCGUUCAUGUAGGCUAAGGGUUUAAAGUUAAAUUACCGCUUUUGUUAAAGGACCACUCUAGGCACCCAGACCACUUCAGCUUAAUGAAAUGGUCUGGGUGCCAGGUCCAGCUAAGGGUAACCCAUUUUUUCAUAAACAUAGCAGUUUCAUAGAAACUGCUAUGUUUAUGAAUGGGUUAAGCCUUCCCCCAUUCCCUCUAGCGGCUGUCUUAUUGACAGCCGCUAGAGGCGCUUGCGUGCUUCUCACUGUGAUUUUCACAGUGAGAGCACGCCAGCAUCCAUAGGAAAGCAUUAUGAAUGCUUUCCUAUGUGACCGGCUGAAUGCACACGUAGCUCUUGCCGCGCGUGCGCAUUCAGCUCACGGGGCGGAACGGAGGAGGAGAGCUCCCCGCCCAGCGCUGGAAAAAGGUAAGAUUUAACCCCUUUCCCCCUUCCAGAGCUGGGCAGGAGGGGGACCCUGAGGGUGGGGGCACCCUCAGGGCACCAUAGUGCCAGGAAAACGAGUAUGUUUUCCUGGCACUAUAGUGGUCCUUUAAGCGUAGAUUUGUUGUACCCCCAUGUGUUAUCACUGAAAAUAGUCUAUUAAAUUAGUUUGAGAAUUCUAUUUAAACACAUUGCUGCAGUCAUUUACCACUGCGUUCAUUGGCAAAUGCAGCGAAUACAAUACAGAAUAUAUACUGGAGUAGAGCAGCUUUCACAACUCCUGCCCUUGACCUGCACCUGGCCAGCCUGUUACCCACUGGACCACAGGGAAGCCACCCACACAGAGCUGCAGAAUAAGCCUCUUCUUAUACAGUCCUCACAAACUCAACACCACUGACAAUCUACAUACACCAAAGCAACACCACAAGCAGCCCCAUACAUACACACACCGGGAAACACACUGUGACAUAUCCUCCACACACACAACUCCACAAGAAGCCUCCAUACACAGCCCACAUUCAUAGGUAUCAUACACAAACCACUCAUGAACAUAUACUGUACAAAAUAACAGCCCACAUAUACACAAAUACAAUGCUACAAAGCAACUGCAGCCCCUAUACAUAACACAAGCAGAAUAUGGCUACAUACACAACUCAAUUUUUAAAAAAAUCUAGGACCGACAAGCCAAGGGACGUCACGAUCUUGUUUUGACACAGUACUACUGAAAGGUUGCCUGCCCUAACCCAACCCAGCCUAAGCCUUUGGAUUUAAUGUGUGUUUAUUUUUUUUGUUGUUGCAAUUUUCAUUCACUGCUCAUCAUGAAGUUUGUCAUCUAGUUCAUCAAGAAAAUCCUUUGUGAAAAGCUUUUUUUCCCUAUCCUUGAUAAAUGGAGCUAUUCUGAAGUAUUUCUCGCAAGCAUUCAAACUUUAACUGUUUGCGUCUUCCUUCACAUUUUAGGCACUUGCGCCCCUGCCUGAUCUGUACUGUCCUGGGAUGCUGGUAAGAUGUGCCGUCAGUAGUUUGGAAUCUACAUCUCGUGGUUUUCAAAGCAUCAAACUAUCCAUCAAUCCACAUGAUGUCAACAAGCUCCUCGCUGACGCUUCUUUGCGACCGGGAAUGGUAUGCAUUUACAUUGUUUCAGUAAAAACAACUUGGAUGUGUUAUGAAUACAGUAACAUGUUCUGCAGGUAAAAUGCAUUGUGUCUGUAAUAGUCUCAAAUAACUUUCGAAAAAAAAGUAGUGAUGAGUAUAUAUCAAUAAUCAAAUCAAUAGUAAAAAUGUAAUACAUAUUCAUUUGUGCUGUUUAUUGAACCACAUAGAACGUAUAAAAUAAUUUCUAUGUGGAUGUUGCUUAAAGGAUAGAGGAAUCUGUUUGAGUGUAUCUUUUACUGAUAAAACCUCCUUAAACAGUGAUGAUAUAAUUUGACUUAAAAAAAUAACUGUAUAUUUAAAGGAGCAGUAUUGUGCCAGGAAAACAAACUUGUUUUCUUGGCACUAUAGUGUCAUUACGUCCCCCCUCCCGCUGGGCUGAAGGGGUUAAAACUUACUUCCUCGCGCGUCUUCCUGGGCUUCUUCGGCACUGGGAAACUCUCCUCCCUCUACCGUCAGCCCGAAUGCGCAUGCACGGCAAGAUCUGUGCGCGCAUUUAAACCGCCCAUAGGAAAGCAUUACUCAAUGCUUUCCUAUGGACGUCCAGCGGAAUCGCCUCUAGCGGCUGUCAGUGAGACAGCUACUAGAGGCUUGAUUAACCCUCAGGGAGGGGUAUGUUUUCAGCUGCGGGGUUAAAACUAGACCUGGCACCCAGACCACUUCAUUGAGCUGAAGUGAUCUGGGUGCCUAUAGUGGUCCUUUAAGUUUUAAGAGAUGCUAAUUGAAAACUUGCUUUCUUCUCUUCAAUGCCGCAGUCAUUACAUUUUUACACUUUUAUGUUAUAAUCUUUUUUGUUACUUCCUCAUCCCAUCUAUGUCCCCUCAGAAUAAAAUGAAAUGUUGAUGGUAAAAUAUUUUUAUAUUCUUUUCUCUUCCCAGCUGCUUUCAGGGUGUGUAUCCAGUAUAGAAGAUCAUGGGUAUAUCGUUGACUUAGGAGUCGCUGGAACUAAAGCUUUCCUGCCCCGUCAGAAAGCUCAAGUAUAUUUAAAACAGACAAAUAAAUGUAAGUCACAAACUGCUUCAUUAGAAUAGCUCCAGACUUCCUCAGACACUCAAGGGUGUGCUGAUUGCAUUAUUCUGUUUCAAUUGUAAAAAAUAAAAUAAAAAAUGGACUCCGAAGGCACCUUGACUGUCUUCAAAACCGCACUACAUAUUAAACUUUAUUAGAAUGAGAGAGAUUAGUCUUAAUUGUGCAGUUUGUUAAAAACUCUGCAUAAUGGCACAUCUUCCUGCAACUGUGUCCAAGAUACCUUUAUUUAGAACAAGCCUGAACAGGAACUAGGUGCCUUUCUGCUUUGAUUCGUGAUUCAGUUCCUGUGCUGAAACGGCUGUAAGGGCUUUUCCUAAACACUCCCAUACUUGUAGAUGGGUAUCCCUGUUUCAAAGCGAGGAAAGUCUGACUUGAUGGAACCUUUAUCCAUUGAGUUCUACAUUAUCCUCUGGUGUUGAUUGUAUCUCUAUGUUUCUAUGUUUGAUGAUGGGAGUUGCAGUCUGACCUGCCAGGAUUUACUGACUAUUUCACAUUUUCAUGCCCAUUCACAUAUUUACACGUCCGGUGUCUCUUUCAGCGACAUCUCUGAAGGUGGGACAGUAUCUGAACUGCGUGAUUGAAGAAGUGAAGAAUGAUGGGAGAAUUGUGCGUCUGUCGAUCACGCAGCCUGAUGUCGCUGCAGCUGUUGCCACAGAACAACAGAAAUGGUCUCUUAAUAAUUUGCUGCCAGGGCUGAUUGUUAAAGCCACUAUUAAGAAGGUACGACCUAUUUGUAUACAAGUUGUUAGCAAAUGUUAACACAAUUUAGAGCCUAGAUUGAGUGUGGUCUGUGUGAUCUAUGUAAAAUUUGUAACCUGCGACAUGUCCGUUCCUCGUUGAUCUCCCUUCCUGUUAUUUGCAUGACGUUUGCAGUAAAUUCUUCCCAAAUACUAUUUAUAUUUUUCUAAAUGUCCCUUCUUUUCACAGGUGUCAAAUGACAAAAUCACCUUGUCCUUCCUUUCAUCCUUUACUUCGACCGUAGAUUUCUUACACUUUGAACCCAAAAAAAGCAGUGAAUACAGUGUUAACCAGGAGGUAGGUAUCCAAAACAGUACAUCAGAGUAUUGUUCAUGGUUAGUCAAUAAAGCGGUUCAACACAAUUAGAAACAAUCAAAAAACAUGGGUUUUGGUUAAGUUAUUUUAGCAAACUUUUUAAUUGUUAGAACUUCACUCUCUUCAGGAAAUUAAUGUUUGCAUUGAAUUGGUUACUCAAGCAUAACCCUCUCGUUCUUUGUUUUUCCACGUAAUCCAAAAAGGAGUCAAACAAUGUACAUAACAUUGAUUCUAGGACAAAGUAGAUGCCUUCGAUUGUAAAAUGAUAUAUUUUAAAUGUGUCAUAGAAACAGGAGAGACUAAGCAUUUUGCUUUGGCAUUAAAAAAAACAGAUUAAACCUUUAAAAUAAUGUAUAAAUUAUGUUAAUUUAAUUGUGUAAUAUACAGGGAAGUUAUGGCCCCCCUGUAAAAUAUUUUUGUACAGGGUUAUCCACUAAAGUGAAAAUUCAAAGUAAAUUUAAGUUUGAAAUAUGCAAACUGGAAAAUAUUUUAUAGUUCAGCUAAGCUUUCAGUUUGCCUAUUCUGGCUUUAAAUUUUAAAUUUUGUUUGAAUUCACUUUGAAUUCUCACUUUUGUACAUAACCCUGUCUGAUGCAUGGCAAUCUCACCGCAGGUCAAAGCUUGUAUCUUGUGGGUCGAUCCCUCUUCAAAGAACAUCCGUCUGACGCUUCGCCAAUCAUUGAUCCAGCCGGGCACCUUACUACGCCAGCUCUCCAGCAGUCUGACUGGUUCUGUGUUGGAGAACUGCACUGUGAAAGCCUUGUUUAAGUCCGUGGGAGCAUUACUUGAACUCGGUGGCGACACUAUGGGUUUUGCCUUUGUAAGUACUAAUAAACCUUUUUUUUCUCAACAUAUCCUGAGGCAGUGUUGUAUACAAUCCAUUGUAUUUGUGCUCUGAUAUUUAAACCUAUUGUUCGUAUUUGAUGCUAGAUUAAUUUUAUGCUAUGUAACAGGAAAGGCCACCCACCACUAUCCAGCUUGUUGAAUGACCAUUUACAUGAAUCUUUGACAGAUACUGGAUUGUUUAGCAAAGACUGUUAUUAUUUUAUUAUACUUUGUUUAUAAAGCAUCAAUGCAUUCUACAGUGCUUUUUCAUUGGUACAUAUGGUAAAUUGUUUGCUUUUAAUUUCAAAAUGUUUCUUUACUGUUUAAGUUUCUUUUUAAUGUGUUUUUUGGCAGUCACAUUUUUGUAAGUACCCUUCCUGCUUAACAAUCGUGAACAAUAGCAAGCACCAAGUAUUUGAACUUGAUAUUGUAUGAAGAAUAGUGCUGGUGGUAGUUGUCCAUCGACAUCAUUCUGGUAGUUGUUGUCCAUCGACAUCUGAAGGUCCAGAGUUUGAAAUUCCUGGCGUAAACUCUUCGUCUAUUAACCUUAUUUUCAGAAACACCAUCUUCUUUCAAAAGAAGAAGAAGAAGCCAAGGGUCUUGGAAAGUUCAAGCAGGGCACCAGCCACACAGUGCGUGUCCUGGAGUUUAGCCCCAUGGAUGAGACCAUCUUCGUCUCUUUAAAGCCGUAAGUAUGGCCUUUUCAUUUCACACCGCUGGACAAUGUUCUCAGCUUGUGACUGCAAACAUAGUAUGGCAAAAUGCCUAACCUUCAUCCCUUAUAUGAAAGCUUGGUCCUCUAACACCUGUCUGUACUCAUUGAUCUUUUAGGGGUAUCAUUGGCGGCCUGUACUUGACGCACAAUGAAAUAAAGGCUGGUCAGCUGUUGGAGGUAAAUUAAAAUGUUGAUUUAAUACACUAAGUAAUGACCUGUUGUCUCGAAAAUAUGUCAACAUAUGAAAUUGGUCUUAAAGCGACACUUGAAGUACCAUAAUUACUACAGCUUAUUCUAGUGGUUAUGGUGCUGGGAGACAUGUUCUCAUGACACCUGAAGACCUUCAGUUCUGCCAUUAACUUGGUAAAAAGAACUCUCCAUAUCCUCGUUAUUGGUCCAAAAUAUUUGCAUGGAGCCAAAUUCGGCUACGUCAUAUUACUGUUCACCCUAGCCAGAUUGGUUACAAACAUUGGGAAAUAUGAUCCUUUGUCAAGGUUGUCUUCUUUAAUCUUAUCCAGUAAUUGUGCAUAUUGUUUUUCUCUACUCCUUCCCAGACAUGGCCGAAAUCUGUAGAUUUUAUAAUUUCUUAUAAACUUGCUCUUUUAUUGUUAUAUUGUAUGAUGUACGCAAUAAACUAAAAUUUCACUUGUAUGUUAUUUUCUUACUCAAUUAAUUUAUUUUUCUGUUCAGGGGGAUGUAGUGAAUAUUGAGCCUGUAGGCAUGGAAGUGAGAAUCACCAGUUACAUCUCUGGCCUCGUACCUCGUCUCCACUUGGCCGACGUCCAGCUACACCAGCCAGAACUAAAAUACAAGAAAGGACUCAAAAUUAAAUGCAGGGUGAGCAUAAGGAGUCCUAUUACUAUCACAUUGUGCCAAAGCAAAACAUCUGAAGAAACUGUCAGUUCCACAAUUUUAGCACAAUCUUCUAACAAACUAAAUGUUAGCUAUUGGUCCAGCUAUUAUUUUAUUCUUCAAAUUUAAAAUUCUGUUUAUUUUUUUUUUUUAUUAAUUGCAAAGCCUGGCAACAUAUGUAAAUUAGUUCAUGCUUGCACUGGCGUACACACUGAGCCCCUGCUACACACAAUGCAAUUCCAGUACUGAUCUUAAAGGGACAGGCUAAGCACCAAAACAACUUAAUUAAAUGGUUUGAUGUAUAGAUAAUGCUACUGCAGUCUCACUGCUCAAUUCUCUGCCAUUUAGGAGUUAAAUCACUUUGUUUAUGCAGGGCUAGCCACACCGCUCCUUGCUGAGACUCACAUAGCCUUCCUAAACACUUCCUGUAAUGUUUAAAAUUCCUUUGUUGCACAGUCAGUAUAAUAUAGAAACAAAUCUUGUUUGGGGUGGGGUGUAGACAGCAUCGUUUUUAGUUUCCCAGAUUGCCUGCCAUUUACUCUUUUAAUAAAGUACAUAUGUUUAACUUAGGCCAGAACUGGCAACUGUAAUUCUCUGGCCAUUAGCCUGCAACCCCUUUCAAUGUCAGCCAGCCAACUGCUGAGCUCACUGGUAGUUGUUUAACCUGUCAAUGAAUCUAAAUAAAUAGUACUGCAUUUAUACAGUAGCUAGAUUAGCAUAUACAAUGCAAUCUUCAUUCAUUUGCUUUUCUCAGACACAUUUUGUGUAUGGGCUUCUGAUUUGUGAUGUUAUAACCUGUGUGUGUAUAUAUAUAUAUGUAUGUGUGUGUGUGUGUGUAUGUAUAUAUAUAUAUAUAUAUAUAAUGGAAAUCCAAAGACAUCUACACAUUGUGUUAAUGUGUGCGCAUGAAACCUAAUUGGGAACAUUUGGGUUUUUUGACUGAUAAAAAUAUGUCACAGAUUUCCAAUGUGAUCUGUUUGUGAUGUUCUACACUGUGUACGGAGAUGUUCUUGUAGCUAAUUACAUGAUAGCCUCCAUUUACCCUAGUUUAGAGACUCAGAAUACCAACUACAUUAGCUUUAUGACCAAUUGCAUUUCAUUUCCAUUUGUUGUCUACAACAUUGUCUCUUAUGUAUCAACAGGUCCUGACAAUUGUUCCAUCUGCCAAGAAACUUAUCCUAACACGGAAGAGGACUCUAAUAAAUUCCAAGUUGCCAAUCAUUGCCAGUUAUCAGGAUGCACAACCCGGUCUGGUCACUCACGGAGUCAUUGCAGCAAUCAAGAAUUAUGGCUGCAUUAUUAAAUUCUACAAUGAAGUUCAAGGGCUGGCUCUAAGGCGGGAGUUGAGCUCUGAGCACAUUCAGAAUUUAGAGGAAGUUUUUUAUAAAGGACAGGUAAUGUAAAACUUGCAGAACAAAAUAAAAACACGUUCUUAAAAUAAGUAAACUUGUACAUUUAUUUCAAUUUAUUUUAAUAAUAACCAUCUCCCUUGUUGGUCCUGUUUCAAUGGCUUUUGUGUUUUUCAUACAUACACAGGUAGGUUAUUUCACAUAAUUGACCAAUAAAUGACAAGAAACUGCAAGUUGUGGUUUGUAAACCAGUAGAGAUCUUUUGCCUUCUUUGUGCUUUGUCGUUGGAGCAGGGCACGUGUAAGCCCUUGUUUCCAGUUAUUGGUAUGUUUAUUGGUAUGUUAUGCUUAUUCCCUGUACACUGUUGAGUGAGUAAGAGCUCCUUUAAAAAUGAAUUGGCAUAUGAAGAGCACUUUUACGUUUCAAUCACCAUGGAAACCAAUGUCCAUGCCUUUUGAUACGGUUUUACAUUUUGAUCUCUGUUUACUCAUUGCGUCUACCUCUCCACCCAGUGUUUGCAGUGUGAUUCUACAAACGCUAUAAGAAGAAUUCUCAGAUUUCUUAAUCACUUUGUAUCAAUACCAUAUUUCAUUGUGGAGAACAAUCUAUAAAACUUUUUUUCUUUUUUCUUUUUUUUUAUCCAUAGGUGGUCAAAGUUCGGGUGGUGAGUUGCGACAUCGAAAAAGAGCGAAUGCAAGUGUCCUUCAAAAUAAUAGAAGAGGAAGAGGAGGAUGAUGAGCAGAAUUCAGAAAAGCGGCUUCAGAACAGAAAUGCAGCAAGCAUAGAAAUUGGGAAGGUAGAUGGAACCUUAUUUAUUGUCUAAAUUCUUUGUCUGGUAUCUGCAGUGAUCAUGUGACCUGCGUUAACAGCUGUGGGCGAUUCUUUGUGUGACCCUAUAAAAUGACAAUGAAUUGGUGCAUUUAAAGCGAAACUGUCACUUCUCUGAAAACGCCAUUGAAUAAAACACCGAAAAUCACUUCUAACUCCUGUUACCAUUCUCAUAGGAUGCUUUCAUUCCUCUGAAAUAUAUAAACCUUUCUCUUUCUCAGUCUCUCUCUUUCCUUUGUGUAGGCUGUGCUUUUUUUUUUUAUUGUAAUUUUUUUUAUUGAAUUAUAUACCAUAAGACAUUUUAUAUAAAUAGACAUACAAAAGAGUACAAUGAUGAUUCUUUCUAGAAUCAAACAUAACAAUAUUCAUACCAUAAUCACAGAUGGCUAACUCGUUGCUAUUAUAUCCAUUAUACAUAUUGAUACAUAUUGAUGCCAAAGUCACAUUCAAACUUUUACAAUAAUACAUGUUACUCACAAAUAAUAAACCAAAGUACUAAAGAUAUAUAGAUUUAUAUUUUCCUUAUUUUCCUUUGUGACUCUUUUUAUUUUUCUUAUAAAUCAACUGUAUAUCUAUAUAGACUUUCUUGUUGCCCGUACAGUAUUUUCCUUUCUGUGAUUAUAUCUCAUUAAUUCAAGCAGCUACAUACAUUAAAACUUAGAUUGGGUUAAUUCUUUAGACAUUAAAUAUAUAAUUUUUUUCUUUUAUCGUUCUUUUAUUUCCCUUUUUCCUUUCCUUUUCUCUUUCCCCCCCUUUUUCCCUUCCCUUUUUCUUCCAUUGCCUUUACACAUUCACCUUUUUAGCUCUCUAUAUGAUUAAUAUCCGCUAUCAGGGUAUUGUAUACCUCUUGUUAUAUUAUUUUUAUGGACUUUUUUUCCAUGCUUUUGCAAUCAACAGCUUAGUAGCCGUAAGGCAAUGAGUGACUAGUAUUUCAUUGGGUUUUUUUUUUGUUUGUUUUUUUAAUAUCAAUGACCGUGAAGCGUUCGCUUCCAGCAUUGAGCUGAUUAUAGGACUGUUGAAUUGUAUAUUUUAUUUACAUUUUCAUAACUCACCCAACUCCAUACAAAUUGACAGUGUAUUAUAUAGCUAAUAUAUAGCCAACUUAUUUUGCCCAAAAAUUAAGUUAAACAAAAUUACGUUUCCUUUGACGCACUGGUUGCCAACGGGCAGUCAUCUCGUACACCGAGAUGAGAUAUUACAUUCAGGAGCUUUGCAUGCUGGUCUUUUGAAUCCUUUUUUAAAUUAUUUUCCCAUUGGUUUUUUUUUUUUUUAAAGCAGGGAGUUAUGGGAUAAGUAGUUUGUCCUCAAAGAGCAGUUCAAAUCAUUACAUAGGAAACCGAAAGCCAUACUUUAAUGAAUUGAGCUGUGGACAAUGCAUGUACAGUCUGCAGCCAUGGUCUAUCUCUUGGAAAAGGUAGAAUCUUCCCUAUUGUGUAUUUGGGAUCCACAUACUGCCUGCACUACAAGGAUGAAAUUGCCACUGGCUGGUUGCUUGAUUUUUUUUUUUUUGUAGCAGUGAUUUUUAAAAACAUUUGACACUAUAACCCACUUUCAGAAAUGAGUGUGGGCUCUGGGUGAUCUGAGCACCAUGCAAAAGAAUAGUCACCAUUAUAUAAGAGAUCAAUAAAUAUAUUAAAAAUCUUUCCGAUCCAGCUGUUAUGACAGCGAUAACAUGUCAGAUGCUCCUCUUUCUUCACCAUAGAACCAAAUUUUUAAACAUGCAGCUACUUAUUCAUUCCGCAUCAACUUGCAGUAAACUGAAAUCCAAGUUAGAUGUAGACAAAUCGCUCAUUUGAAAAAAAUCAAUAUAUGUUAACUUUUUUAUAACUUUUUUUUUUUUUUUUUAAACCAAAACUUAAUUGCAAUUUGGUAUUUAGUGCAUUAACCCCACAGAUUUAUUUAUAUUUAAAUAUUUUAUUUUUUUUCAACUGUGGCAAAUAAAAUUCAUAUGGCUUAGAGAUAAAUUAAUUGGGCAAAAUCUGAAGUUGCAGUUUCUGGCUUAGUGACUAGAAUCUUUGAUUUUUACGCUGAUAAAAUGAUUAAAGGACCCCUUUAGGGUCAAGAACACAAACACAUAUUCCUGACCCUAGAGUAAAAACCCACCAUUUAGGUGGCUUGUCCCCCCUGUUAGCCCCCUCAGAUUGGGUUAAAACUUACCUUAUUUUCAUCUCUCCAGGGGUGUGCCGGCGCUGGCCCCGUCCCCUUGGUGACAUCAUCAAAAAAAUUUUUUUUUUGCCAAUCCAAUGCUUUCCCAUGAGGAAAGCAUUGGAUUGGCUAAAAUCGGCAAGGGGGCGGGGCCAAACAACAUUUUGGCCAAUAAGCACCUCCUCCUAGAAAUGCAUUGAAUCAAUGCAUCUCUAUGAGGAAAAUUCAAUGUCUCCAUGCAGAGUGUGGUGAUGCAGAAACAGCAGGGCUGCUUACUGUGCAGCCCUGAGCAAGGAAGCACCUCCAGUGACCAUCUGAGGAGUGGCCACUUGGCGGUGUCCCUAGGGGCAAUGUAAACACUGCCUUUUCUCUGGAAAGGCAGUGUUUACAUUUAAAUGCCUGAAGGGAGCUAUUAUACUCAACAGAACAACUACAUUAAGCUGUAGUUGUUCUGGUGACUUUAGUGUCCCUUUAAGAGCAACUUGUCCAGAUAGAUUUUUUUUUUUUCCUUGUAAUGUAGAUAUUCCUUAUUACUGAUUAUAACCAUUCUGUUUCUCUCCGUCUUAAUGCUCUUUUUGAAUUUGCAGAUAGUUGACAUAAAAAUUGUCCAGAAAACUGAAAAGGGAUUGAAAGUUGUAACUCUUCCAGAGAAAAAACCUGCCUUCCUUCCUAAAAUGCAUCUUUCUGAUAUUAUUGGAAACUGUGAGCUAUUUUGGCACUGCCUGGAGGAGGGAGACCAGCUCCAUGGGGCGAUGUAUCUCAGCAAAGUCAAAGGAGAGAUUGUAUCCUUAUAUUUGUUAAACCAUGCCGUGUAUGUCAGAGCUAACGAUGAGCUGUGUUCCUUGUUGGUUCUACCAGUGAGACGUAUAUAUUAUUCUAUAUUGAAAUACGUUGUUCUAUGUAGCAUGGGAAAAUGGGACUGUAAUACCACAUGCUGAGCCUUUUUUUAAGGCAGCGAUGGUGCAUUUGAUGUUUUUUUAAAAUUAUUUCUUACUAGCAUUGUAACCUUUUCAGAUAAGCCCAAACGGAUGAAGUUAAACAAUAUCACAGCUACAUACAACACCUUGACAAGAAAACGUAACUAUAGACCAAGGCACCACCACAUUUUUUGGCUUCAGAUAUUGAGCCCUCUUGCCAGUCCCAAGCUUGCAAGUUUUAUGUCCCUGUAUUGACUAGAGGUUGCAAUGGUAUUAUGCCUUUUUUAUAAGACUUUAUGGAUUUCUUACUUACCCAUGUAGUUGCUGUGAUUUACUCCCCUUGCAAGCACAAGAAACACUUUCUAGAGGAGUGACCACACCAACUAUAAGGGUAAGAGAUGCCACUCUGUUGUACCACUGAUGAACUGGCAAUGAAGCCAUUGUGAGGCUUUUUGUAUUAGGGGAGACAGUUGUCAUUAUUUUAUCAUCUCCAGCAAAGUGAAAUUCCUUAACGAAUCGCUCAGAUAUUGACUAGAAAGUCGGCCUUGAUUUCAUCUUUGGUGGAUGGCGAGUGUGUGAAAGACAUCUCUGAACUACAGAUCGGAAUGAUUCUCACUGGAUUUGUCAAUACCAUAAUGUCAUAUGGUGUAUUCGUGGCAUUCCCAUAUGGUCUGGUUGGAUUAGCACCCAGAGCUGUAAGUAACAUUGGAUCUGAUAUAUAUGGUUGUGUACCAAGCUUUAAAAAUUUACCCCAUUGUACUGGAAAGAGGUGAAAAGGUCCAGAUUUUCUUAUUUUUAAGUGGGACGGUCAUCUACAAAAUAAAUGGGUGAAUCAGUGCCCUUUAAAUACCUAUUCGAUUUAAUCGGUGAAUUAUGCCAGUAAAUUAAAAGGACACUUCAAGCGCCAAAAAACUUUAGCUUAUUGAAGCAGUUUUGGUGCCCCUGCAAUCUUACUGCUCAACGUCUCUGCUAGUUAGGAGUUAAAUCACUUUGUUUAUGCAGACCUACUCACACUACCCUGCAUGUGACUUGCACAGCCUUCCUAUACACUCCCUGUAAAGAUAGAUCUAAUGUUUAAACUGCUGUUAUUACACAGUGUGUUUAAUCUAGAAUUUCUUAUCUUAUUGCUCUUUUAGUUUUCUUGCUAAAGCCUGCAGGAAACCUUGAUGUGUGAUUAAGUUUCAAUUAACAGAACAGGAAGAACCUCUAAAGUAAACACACUGUGUUGUGAGCUCUGAUUGAAAUUGAAACAAUUUUUUGUUUUCAUGCAGGCUGUGUGAGUCAGUGGCAACAAAGGAUUGAGCAGUGAGACUGCAGGGGAAUGAUCUAUACACCAAAACUACUUCAUUAAGCUAAAUAUUUUUUGGUACUUAGAGUAUCCCUUUAAAUAUUAUACUUAGCCGAUGUUUGCUUUCUUUUUGUGUUCCUACAAGAAGAGUACAUCCCAUAAUGAUUAUUACACAGCACUCCCUGUGGACACCAUAAAUCAACUGACCAUUGUAUAAGCUGAAAUCUUACAUGUGGUGUCUGAGCUCAAUCAGUGGGCAGAUACUUUCCAUGUAUCUGUACCAUACUUUUUCAAUUGCCUAAUAAAUGUUUUAUUUGUCUGGUUUGCAAUAUUUUCCUGUAAUCACAUACAAACUGCCCCAUGUCCAUGUUCUCAAGAAGUGCUCUUAAAAUUCUUCUAAAAUUGACAGCCGUAUAGUUUGAGUAAAUCUCAGUGAAAAGUAUUCCUUUUGGUUUUUUCAACAGGCGCUAUGCGACCAGUUUGUGACUGAAAUUGGUGACCAUUUUGCAGAAGGCCAGACUGUGACUGCUAAGGUAACUGAGAUCAACGAAGCUAAGAAACGCUUCCUACUAACUCUGAAGAUGUCUGACUGCGCACCAGACGACUGCUCAGCAGUGAGCAUCGCUCGACUGAGCCAAUGUUUCCAAGAACACAAGCUCCUAAGGGAUCUGAUUAACAGCCGAGGUAAGGCUGUGUUUUGUAGACUUACCAGAUAUUUCAACCUGCUGGCUCUAAAUAGAGGCUAUUCUAGAAAAUAAUUAGACACAAUGUGACUAUAAUCAGAACCCUUUCAAGUCAGCCUUUGUUUUACCAUCCAUGUUUGCGAUUGUCUCCUUCCGUACAGUGCUGUCUUUAAAGUAUCCACUUGUUCUAAAUUGUUCUCAUUAUUCAAAGACUCAGAGGACGAUGGACAUAUCACCACGUUGGUCCCAGGAAGAAAACUUAGCUUGGUGGUUGGGGAUGUGCAAGAAGAUGGGUCGUUCCUGUUCAGUGUUGACCAGAUCCCUGGAGCGAAGCAAGUGUCCGCUGCCCAGUGUAACCUUGGAGGUAGUUUCAAAAUAACAGCUUAUAUUUAUCUUACUGCCAUAUACUAUGCAUUAUUAUCAUUAUUCUUAUUCUCAUUAUUAUUACUGUUAAUGACCUUUUGUGUUGAUAACUUCCUAGGCACUUAUAAUCUACCUUUUAUUUGAUACAUUACAUCGUUUUUUUCUCCAUUUUUAUUCCAGAUCAAAAUAUAGUUAGUGGCCAGAAAGUGAAAGCUGUGGUUCUACACGUUGAUGCUGUGAAAUCCCAUGUCCAUGUCUCUCUAGAUAAGCUGCUGAUGGCCAAGAAGAAAGAGAAAGUAAGUAUAUUCUUAUUUUUAAUCACUCUUCGAUAGUUGCAUAAUGAAAGAAGCUUUCCUUUUUUCAACAAACUUUAAUUGCCCAUGUGACACAGAUCUAUCCAAUUCAUUGUUAUUUUUCGUAUUAAAUUUCAGCUCAAAGAAAAUUCCACUUUUUUUGCUGUUGUGCAACACAUAGCAGAGGAAUUUGCUGUUGUCUCACUGGAUGGCACUGGUCACCUAGCAGCUGUUCCUCUGUCUUCUCACGUUAACGACACCUUCCGCCCUUCUUCGCCAAAACUCCAAUUGGGUCAAACAGUCUCUCUAACGCUAAAAACAGCAUGUGUGGAAGAGCACGGACUCUUGUUCGCCAUACAGAAUGUUUCUACCAAGAAUCACAGGAAGUCAGAACAAAAAGCAAAAAACACAGCGGUGAAGAUGGCAGCAAGCUGGGAGAUAGGAGAGGUUGUCUCUGGAACUGUGAAAACUGUGAAGCCAACAAGCGUCAUUGUCUCCAUUUAUGAUAAUUUGGUUGGAUUUAUUCACGUGUCUCAGAUAGCAGAAGAUGUUACGGUUGGUUCUUACCCAACAGCAACGUUGAAGCCAAACCAGAGCAUCUCUUGUCGAAUCAUUGGAGGUCGAGAUAUAAAAUCACACCGGUAUGUGAAUAGUACCAAACUUGCACUGUUGCCAUGGUGAUAAAACCAAAACAAAACCUGUAAAUAUGUUGUUUUUAUUACAGUGAUAACCAUUCUUAACUAUAGUGAAUAUUCGCUAGAACGGAUUGGAAUUGUCUGUUGCAUUCUAUGAAAGUAGGUUGCUAAUGCAUCUUGUUUUUUCAUGACAGAUUCCUGCCAAUCACUCAUCCGAAUUUGAAGCUGUCUUUCCCUGAGCUGAGCAUCCUGCCCAGGUGUGUUACUGUACAUUUUGAUAAAUCCUUUUGACUCCAAGUCACUUAAACUGUAAACCACAAAGUGAUAAGUAAAUAGUGUUUGAUUUGCUUGUUGUGUCCUUUCCAUUCAUUACUACUGCUUCAUGGAAGUGUCAUAACAGUCACAGUUCCUUAUCCCUAGAAAUUGUUUGAAAGACUAUACUGGGGUGAGAGUAAACAAACAUUCCUCAUCAGCCGUUCAGUAUAACACCAUUUAUCCAUGACGCAGUGGGUGUGCAUAUAUGUGCUCCAGCAUGUAGCUGAAAAUGUCCUGCCAACAAGUACAUGUGGGUGCAUGACAACACGGAGAAAGACAUUUAUGCUGUGUGCCAGGACACCCAGGUAUAAAAUAGAAAUUAAAAAAUAGAAGUACGUUUUAAUGAACUAUUGUGCUAUGCAAACAAACUAAUUUUGUAUGUUGCUAUAUGCUCAUAAAGUAAUAGAGAUCCAGGCACUCCUUGGUUCAAGACAGGUACUUUAUUAGGAACCACAACAGCAAUGUUUUGACCCCAAAAGGUCUUUGUCAAGCUGGUACAUACAUCAAUUUUCCAAUAUAUAUAACAAACUUUAACAUCUAAGUGUAUAUAAGACCUAAAAUACACAUGUACAACAUAAAUACAAUACAAAUAUAAGACCAGAGUAUACGAUUACAGAAAUUUCCAUUAUCGAUUAGAGAUCCUUGAUCAAGAUCACAGAGUAAUAAUAUUAAGUAUCCUUAACACAUAAAAACACAUCAAAUUUGCAGACUUGUUAUAUUGCUGUAUGCUCAACUGACCUCCACACUGCAUUUCCUGAAUCUGAAUCUGAGCACUGAUGCUGGGUUGAUACAGUUAUCCAAAGUGGUGAAAUAGUGAAUGUUCACUAAUGCUCGUGUGUAAGAUCAACCAAUGUUCUGCCAGGGGUGCAUAAAAUAAAUCUUAACAUUCCCUCACUGGAAUCCUAACACGUUCAUAUCUUAGCUCUUACUGUGACAAAGCAUGUUGGAGCAAUUUCAUACCUCUUCUUUGGAACUGCACGAAAUUCAGUUUGUCCAAAAAUCCAAAAUACCAGUUUUUAUGAAAAAGGAGAAAUCCAUGUGACUGAGUUAGAAAUCCAGGCACUACAUGUAAAUUAGAUUAGCCACUGUUCCACAGAAUGUUCAGCAUUACAGAAGGAUUGUUUGAGCAGUACAUUAUUUAUCCCUUCAAUGACAUGAACAACAUCUGCUUUAAAUGUUGGAAUUUAAAAUAAGCUGAUGUAUGUUUGUUUGGUUUUAUUUGCAGUGUAAUGGACAAGGAUUACAAAGUUCCUCCACCAAAAGACAUGAAUACAUAUAUUCCAGGCCAGACUAUUACAUGCUUUGUAGUGAAGGUAAAAAUGUUAAACACAUUGUGGUAUUUCAGGUCGUUUUUAGUCUUUCAUAUCUAUCCAUACGUGCACUUGUUGGAAUAGGAUUGUCACUGGUGUGUAGUUUAGAAAGCUGAAAUGUAUAUUGCUUCUUAAAGGGAGAACCUGCUCUGAUCUGAUUAUCAUGCCUGCCCGUAUGUAAGAUGUGUCAGACAGUCUCCCAGACUCCAUAUGUAAUAAUGGGGGUAACGGCUUUAUGUGUCUUGUCACUUGGCCGAUGGCAGUCUGCCUGUAUGUAUCAGUAGAUUCAGUACUACCAGCAGAUAUGGCUGCAUGCAUGCAUGCCCACCCACCAGGAAAUCCUGUAAGCAGAACCCCUCAGUUCCAAUGUCAGGCAUGGCAGGAUACUGUCUGCAUCACUUGUGGGCAGACGGGUGUCAGUAGCAAGAUUAUCCAUUUGUACCUACCUCUGCAGCUGAUAAUGAAUUGGAUGCUUAUAGCUUUUUACAUUGUGUAAUUUGUGAAAAAACGGUUUUAUCCCAUGAUAUAAAUCAUUCAUUAUCAUUUUCCAAAAUUGCAGUAUGAUGAGGAGAACAACGUUUUGGAUGUAGAGGUCACGGAGGACAUUCGAGGGCGAAUUGAACAUCUGCUUGUUUGUCAGUCUCUAAAAGUAAGAAAAUCUGUCCUUAUUGGCGGAGUGUGUGAGAGGCUUUUUAUUGGGAUCUUUAAACAUGUUCAUUGUGGGUUUUCUCUUUAGGUUUUAAAGCGUCCAGACAAACAUUUCCGACCGGGGCAGGCCUUGUCUGCUACAAUAAUUAAAGGCAUCUCUUCUGUAAGAUUACUCCACUUAUCACUCACAGGUAAUGUACCGAAUGUGAGACACAUGAUUCCGUAGGCUGCCAUAUAUUUUUAUACUAUGUAUAUAGUUUGCCUUAUCUCGUUUCUCUGCCAUGUUUUGUAAUUUGUUAAAAGUUUUCCCUUAGACUUGACACUUCUGUUCAUUUCUGCUCCAACGUGUCUCCUUUCUCUCCCGGUCUACACAUCCUUCCCACAUGGUUCCACUAUUCACUCCAUCCUUUCCCACCAUUGACAUAUCUUCUCUGCCUUUAUUUCCAUCCAUACACACUGUUCUCUGCUUCCUCCCCUGAUAUCCCACACCAAGCUCAUUAGCUCUUGAAUUUUUCCACCCGGACCCACGAUUAUCCCCUAUUUUUCCUUUCUAUUCCUCCUUUUUUCCCCCCCUGAUUUUUUACAUUUUUAUCCAUCUGUUUCUGUGCCCUCUACCUUCCCUGUUUCCCCCUUCCUCCCACUCAACAUACACCUCUUUCUCCCAAUAAUAGCACCCACUUCUCUCUCUUUUAUAAUGUCAGUCCUCACAUUUUAAUAGAUCGCAUUUUGUCCCUUACAGGCACCCUCGAAUUUAAGGAAGGUGAAGUUGUUUUUGGCUCUGUACAGAACGCCGUGCCCGAGUCAGGUUUGAUUGUAUCCCUUCCAUUUGGAAAGACCGGAAAAGUUGAUCUUACUCAAAUAAGUGACUGUUUUGCUGAUGUUUCAUUGGAAAACUUUACGCCUGGGAAAAUUGUCAGGUUAGAAGCAUCUCAUUUUGUUUAAAAUGUGUGCAUGAAUACUUAACCAGUUAUAAAAUAAGUUAUUUUUUAUUUACUUACCUGAAAUCCUGGUAGUUAAGGUUGGUCCAAUCAAAGGCUUCUCAUAGAGAAGUCAAAGGGGGAGGGAGCCUAAAAAAACUGAAUAGGGAGGUGAGGGAGGGAGGGGCUGCAUAGAGGAAAAGGAGUCAAAAUAGAUUCUGUUGCCAGCAUGCAGUUUGCACUGACGACCGUCAAGAAUAUGCACAGAAUUAACAUUGGGCCCAAGUCACGUAUGCCUGGGGUGUAACUAGCCCCCGGUACAGCCAGAUUUCUUCCUCCAUGACUACUUCUAAAAGCAGAAGUGGUCAUGGACAUUGAAGUAACCCUUUAAGGGUGACUUAUUUCAACAAAAUCUUGUUUAUAUAUUGGCAGAAGUAAAGUGACACUAUGACCUUUGAGGGUUUUUUUUGAGAAUCUUUAUGUAAACCUCAUAAUGAAUGCUUUAUCAAUUGAACAUUCCAAUGCAAUUAGGAGAUCUAAUUACGUCAGUUCUACAAACAUAACAACUGGCUGACUACUUCUGUCAUUUCUUCUCUAACUCUAGGUGUUACAUACUCUCUACUUCACCUGCGAUCCGGCUUUCUCUCCGGCAGUCUAGGUAAGAUUAUUGUAGAUCUAUGUCUAUAUUUCAGCAGUUGGCUUUCUAAAGCAGACAAAUAACAUUUAACCAUAACACCGAGACACAGCUUACGAGGUAAGCUCAGAAGUAUUGUAGAAAACGAAGCAAGUUUAAUUUCUGGUUUAGUGAGACCUCAUUUAGAAUUCACACAGCCUGGGAAUCUGCAGAAAAUGCAGGAAUUUCAAAAUAUGUCAGUCCUUUUACAUUUAAAAUAUAGUAUGUUAUUUGAUCUUUAUUUUUUAUGUAAUACAUUAAUGAUGGGGCAUCUCCAGCAAGUUCCACAUUGCUAGAGCAAUUCAUCUAAUACGAUAUUAAAGGAGCACUAUAGGGUCAGGAACACAAACACGUAUUCCUGACCCUAUAGUGUUAAAACCAUCUAGCCCCUCAUGCCUCCAUAAAUAUAAAAUUUUACUGUAUUCAAGCCAGAAGCUGUAGAUCUGCAUGCUGUUUGCCCUUUAGAAAAACAAGCAGUCUGCUGACAUCAUCAGAAGUGGUAGCCUGAUCCAAUCACAAUGUUUCCCCAUAGGAUUGGCUGAGACUGACAAGGAGGCAAAUCAGGGGCAGAGCCAGCAUGAUUCAAACACAGCCCUGGCCAAUCAGCAUCUCCUCAUAGAGCUGAAUUGAAUCAAUGAAUCUCUAUGAGGAAAGUUCAGUGUCUGCAUGCAGAGGGAGGAGGCAUUUUAGGCAGCCAUGACCCAGGAAGGAUCUCUAACAGCUAUCUGAGGAGUGGCCAGUGAAGUUAUCACUAGGCUGUAAUGUAAACACUGCAUUUUCUCUGAAAAGACAGUGUUUACAGCAAAAAGCCUGCAGGUAAUGAUUCUACUCACCAGAACAAAUUCAAUAAGCUGUAGUUGUUCUGGUAACUAUAGUGUCCCUUUAAUUUCCUUGUAUUGUAACUUGCAUGGUGAUAGGGGACUUGAAUUCUAAUAUUGUAGCAAUGUUCUUUCUCAUUUCUUUGUUACAGGUUAAAUCCCAAAGGAAAUAUCAACGUGAAAGACCCUGAAAUCACUUCGGUUGAAAGCCUUGAAGACGGGCAGCUGGUUAAUGGCUUUGUUGAAAAAAUAAACGAGAAAGGCAUAUUUUUUAGGUAUCAUUUGUUCAUUCAUUCAUUAUUUGUUUUGCAUGGUCUGUGUGAUUUCUUUGGGGCAGUUGAUACUUCAGUCGCCAGUAAGUUUUCUACAACUGAACAUGGUUUGGAUGACACGACCAAUCAAUGAAACCUCUUCACACUGAGGAUGCUACCAGAGCUCCACAAUGACUUUAAACGUUUGAUAUCUGGGAGUUUUAUAAACUGCUCAUUCCUCAGCAGGACCAACUCUGGCUUUCACUAUGGACAUAGUUUACCCAGAUACACCCAGGAAUGUUCUAAAGUUAGAGACAGACGGUAUAGCCAGACAGAACUGGUCAGGACAAUAAUAUCAUUACAAAUAGUUCAAUAUAAUUAGGAUAUUUUUAACCCUUAGAACACAUCCAUAGUGAUACAGGGAGAUUGUUUUCUACUUAUUGACCCAUACACCCGCUCCCCCACAUAACUACUAAAACUCUUAAAGGGAAACAUAUAAAUUACACAAGGGCAGAUAAAAAAAAAAAAAAAAUAUAUUAAUUAUCACACUCUCACCUUCUCCCAUACAUUUACCCACAGCUAAACUUUCUUUAACAGUCACAAGUCAUCCAAACUACAUACACAUCUUCCGAUCGUGCAAUGCUCUUUCUCAUGCUAGUUUAUAAUCCAUCUCGUGAACUCUGACCUGUACCCAAUCCCUGCCAUAAAAUGUUCCCUUCCCAGCCUACUGAUCUGUUUCAAUCUUUAUUAUUUUUAUUGCCAUUGUGCCAUUUAAUGAUUCUCCGGCGACUAGGAAUGGUAAUGAGGUUUUAUUUGUUUCUGUCACAGGUUAUCAAGCUCUGUUGUUGGCCAUAUCCAGUUUAAGAAUGUAACCAGUUAUUAUGUUGAAAACCAUACCAUAUACAAAAAAUAUAUACCAGAAGGAAAACUGCUUACAGUCAAAGUUCUCAGGUAAGCAAUAAUACAUAUAAAAUAAAAAUACACUUAGAAUUAAGUUUUUUCCCCCCCAUAGAUUAAUAGCUUAUUUUAUUAAUAUAUGUUGGGUUAUAUGACAACCAAGGCACUCCCCCUGCAGGCAAUCUGUCAAUCAUGCCGAUCCAAGUCAUGUGAUUGCGGUGUCAUAAUGAUCACAUGACUUGGAUCCGACAAGAAAGGCUGCAGUGAGGGCCCUAUCAUUUGGGCAUGCUUUGCUACCCUAAGCGCGUUAAAGCCCUCCUUUUGCAGGAUGGCAUAGCACACCCUAAUGUCUGUAAGGGGUCAAGCUGUUGUGGGACAACAAUUCUCAGCAUUAUGGGAAAUGUCGAACACAGCUGAAAGCCAGGAUUGGACACGCUAUAUCUCUAUACCAGUAUCCUGCCACCUACAUACUAUGUUAUGUUUUCUUGCAGCAAAGACACCAAGGAGAAUCACGUACAGCUCUCCCUUCUCCCGGUAGACACUGGGAAGCCGUAUGUUAUUCCAGAGUCUGCCGGCCUAAAACAAAAGAAAGGCAAGAAAAGGAAACAAACCGCCUCAGAGGGUGACACCAAGGUAUUUUAUUAAUGCACAUAGUGGCCCAUUUGGGUAUUCGGCUCAUACAGUGUCCAUCUUUGUAUUAUAAAGUCGCUCAUUUAAAGAGCAUGUUACACCACAGCUUUAAAGAUCUGUGUUUCUCUGUCCUCCAGUAGUAGACCACUUUCAGUACUUUGAAAUCAUAUUAAUUGAGCAGUUGUCUUUAAAGGACACUGCAGACCCCUAAAGCUUUGUGUGAAGAAUGUGUUUGUUUUUUCCCAUUUUAAUAGGAAUUACCACUUUUCUAAAUUAACAUUGUUACACCCCCAGCUGUGAAUCAGACAACCGGUUAUGUUAUUUCCUGGUUGUUUAUCUUAGUGGAGCUAAACUCAAGAGGCAGCAAUUACCCGGUGCAUCUGUCUUGCAAACAAUUCUCAUUGAGCUGCAUUGGCGAGUCUUGUGAUUGGGCGGGGUUAGAAGUGGAGGGCUUGCAAUGGCUGCAGACGAGAUUUGCAGGUUUUGAAAGCUGUUUUUAGACAUAACCCAUUGAAAAAUAAUGCAUAAGUAAAAGCAUGCAGGUUUUAUUUGGGGGUACAUCUACUAAACAGAGUUAUAGCAUCAGCUGCCCCCUUAUUCAUAGAUUGUAAGCUUGUCAGUAAUACAUUUUAGCUUAUGUUCAUCUCGUAUUCACUUAGUGUCUGGCAUUAGUUAAAACAUAGCAUACAGUUGGCGCUCUCUGAAUUUGACCUUACAGUGGUUGUUUUUAGUAAUCACGUGCUUUGUCGCAGGUCGAUACCAAAAAGAAGAAAUCGAACCAAGAGAAAACAGAAGAUGAAGAUAGUGGAGUGGAGGUAUUGUCUCAAGAAAGCAAGACUAAAGAAAAACCAAAGGUAAGGCUGGAGGUGAAAGGCCAAAGAGCCUCACAUUGGGGUUUAUUCACAGCAUACUGAAUUGGAAUGAAUUGCAAAAUUAGCCAAACUGUGACUAUGGCUUUGAGUCACUCAAGUUGGGGAAUUUUUCCAGUUCUGCUACUUGGUCUAAAUUUUGCAAUGUUUAGUUCAUCGCAGUUUUUGUGUUGAGUGAAUAAAUCUGACAUUGUGACCCUCGCAGGUAAUGGGGGAAGGGGUCAUUUAUGUGCUGGGUUUUGAUUUUUUUCCUCCCAUUCUUCCUUUUAUUUUUUGCAAUGCCCUCCCUCCCUAGAAUUUGAAAUCCCAUGGCAUUUACAAUUUAAUAUUAUAUUAUAUAUACAUUAACCUUUCGUAUUUGUAGUAUAGGAAAUUAUUUUUGUUUUAUGUUUGGUUAUUUUUAUUUUCAUAACAUUAGUCCAUUUUUUUAAAUGAAUGAAGGGACCAUAUUAACCUUCUGUAUGGGUACAUCAUCCCAGUCGCUAUAUUGAAAUAUUAAGUAGCUCUUCCAGUUGUAUGCCUUGAUUGGUAUCUGACCGUUGCUAUCGAUCAAGUUGCACUUUAAUGAGUUAAGAGAAAAAUAGUGGAAGCAGAAACCAUUCGGAUUGUAUCUUCAGAUUAACAUCUGGCACUAACAAAAAAGCAACACAUUUUACAUAAAACAGAAAUACCUCUCUGUUCUUAUCUGCAUACAGUAAAGUCAUAAACUUGACUUGUAUUUAUUUAAGAAUGACACUAUAGUGGUUUUAAACCUGCUGGAUUAUGAGCAUUUUAUUUAAUGUGAGAAGGUAAUUAGGGAUGCACCAAAAUGGAAAUUCUGGGCAGAAACCGAAAAUUCAGGAUGCCCUUGGCCCGAAACCAAAAAUGACUUUUUUCCCUAAAUGAUUUUAAAAUAUUUUUUUCUAUAAUUUUAUUAAUUAGACUUUUUGAUUGUCAGCAACUUACAGUGGAUUUUGUAUUUUAGGCUAGAACAACUAAACUAGGAAAACAAACAAAAAAAUAAAACAAUUGUUUUCAGUUUGGCUAAUUUGACCUAAAAUAAGAAAAUCAGUUUUAUUUCACUCUCACUUCCUCACAAUUGACAAAAAAAAAAAAAACCUGAAUUAAUUACUCAAAGAGGUAGCUGUUGUAAAACUGCAACUCCCAUGAUGCUCUGUGAGUCUCUUAAGGGUCAGAAAGCAUGAUGGGAGUUGUAGGUCUCAAGCACCUGUCGCUGCUGGUUCUACAUGUGCUGUCCAGGGUCGGCCCUCUCACCCCCACUGCUGCUGCCGUUGUCUCCCCCAUAGAGAGGUGUUUUCUCCCCCUAGUGUUUGCGGAUGCCGGGGAUGUCCGGUGGGGUGGUCACCCAGUACUGGCACAGGUCCCCCGAGGAGCUGACUUACCUUGCCAGAAAGCUGAGCUGGUAGUCCUCCCCUCGGCCCUCCGAGGCUGCAUGCUCUCCGGGACAGCUUCACGGGUCACAUGACCGCCCAGCGCCUGCCUUUCACAAAACUUGCUAGCGCGCUGCAACACAGGGGGUACAUUUCUGCACAUUUGGCCCAUUUUCGGUCGAAAAUUUCGGCAGUUAAAAUUUUUCAAUGCAUCCCUAAAGGUAAUGCUCACCAUCCAUAGCCACUAUAGCCUUGUAUAUCUCUUAAAUUGAGCCAUCAGAAAAUUACUGGCUCGUAAGUGGAUCAUGAUAAGCCUCCUAGACCAAUAAAGCUGGCUCCUGCCCAGGUGUAAUCAUUGUCCUGAUAUACAUUGUAUUUAGAGAUCUAUGUGAAUUCCUGUAAUCUCUAAUAAAUGUUCCUAUUGCAUCUACAUAUAAAACCGUUGUUUAAUGGGUUACAUUUACUCUUUAUAAUUUCAGAAGAAGGGUGACACUAAACCUACUAUCACAAGGCUGCAAGUCCCCGCCAGCUUUUCCUGGGACGUUAGUGUGGAAACCCUAAAAACAUCCUUAGUUGAUGCCCAAGAGAGCAGCUCAGACAGUGAGGAUGAGGAGGAACAGCGACUAAAGGUAUGAAUUUUCCUCUUGCACUCUGAAUGGACAUUGAGCAGGACAUGGAGGUUAAUAUAGGGUCAGUAGGUUUAUGUGAGAAGCAUUGUCAGUGUCCUCUACAGGCUGCAGCUGAUCUAAGCUCAUUUUCUAGCACGCUAAUAUCCAAAUGACCAAACUUAGGCUAAAAAAGCCUGGCUAUAGCCGAGUUUGUGAAUUUUUCAGUUAAUUUUUUUUAGCCUACAUUUUGGUUUUCCAUUAGCUGCAAUUUUGUAGAUUAGUGAACAAACCCUUAUAUUUGCUUGUCUCCUAAAUGUAACAAAUCUCUAUUUGUGAAGUCUAGAAAAUACAAGUAAUCGUAGGCUUCAACAAUGCUGUACUAAGCUCCCUGACAACCGUAAAUAAAUUAUAAAAAGAAUCCUAAAGUUGGAAUAAGGUUUUUUUUUUUUGUUUGUUUUUUUUAUAAAAUAAUAUAUAUAUAAUCUCUUUUGCAUCUGUCCAUCUUCAUUAAUAACUCCCCACAACGUGCAUCAGAUUAUUUUAGUGUAAGGGAAGAUAAUCGGUGGCCAGGAGACAAUGUUGCUAUGAUUUACUCUUUAAUUACAUAAUUUGCAUGAAUGCUAUAUGAAUAUCAAUAACAUCGUCCUGGGAGGGCUUUGGAUUAAUGGGUUGUCCAGUGCUUACGUUUUGUGUUUUGCAGUUUAAUCUGUGUUGGACUUGGCUGGAAUUUGCUAUUAACGCACCGUACUGGGGCUGCACCACACCGUAUCACACAUGCUAUAUACUCAUACGUAAUAGAAACUCACAGACUGGGAUGGGAAGACAGCCAGUGCUUCAGAUUUUAAUACUGGGUCUACCUGUCAGUCUGUCACUGGGUUUUUCAAUAAUACUACUCAAAAAUAAAACAAAUAUAUAUGUACAGGUGACUUUGGAUAAAAGCAUAUAUCUUUCAACUUUUCCGGCUAAUUAAGAUAAAGCUUUAAAGGGAAACUCACAGUUGGUUUUAACAGUUUUUUUUAUACAUAAUAUAUAAACGGUUUAAAAAUACAGAAGGGCAAAUAAAAUGCUUACAUUUGAAAUGACCUCUUCACUAAACCUGGAAGUGACGGAAACAUUGCUAGACUACUACCGCUACUGCAGAAAGCCAAUAACCCAACUACAACUCCCAUAAACCCAACACCUAGAGCAGCAAACAUAGAAUCUAUGCAGGAUGGAAGGGAGGAGCAUAGUUCGUGUUGGGGAUUGUAAAAAAAAAUAAAAAAAAAUAAAGCUAAUAUACACAAUGCACCAGAUGCACGUGGGUGUCUUGAGUGUCCCUAUAAUACAGUGGAGGGCCUGCUCUACAUUUAAGUUGUCUGAUAUUUUCAAUGGAAGCUGGGUUCCUUUUAAUCACUGUCUUUAUUGUUGAAGCCAAUGAUACUUUGAAUCAAAAACAUUUAUCAAGACUGGAAAUUUUCAUUCACUUUUUUUAGACUAAGAAAACAAAAAAAGAGAAGGAUGCGGAGAAGAAAGAAGCUGAAAAGGAGCUUUCUAAGAUAGAAGCCACCCUUCUGGAUCCCAAUCGGCAGCCUCAGUCCGCCGACGACUUUGACCGACUCGUUAUUAGUUCCCCCAACAGUUCCAUUCUCUGGCUUCAGUACAUGGCCUUUCACCUCCACGCUACAGAGAUUGAGAAAGCACGAGCUGUGGCUGAAAGAGCUCUGAAAACGAUAUCUUUUAGGUACCAAUCCUCAAGUUGUUAUCCUUAAUUCCGGUUAACUUUUGUAGGACUUUAGAAGGAACAUUUCUUUGAAGUUCAGUAAUGUAACUAUCUCUUUCAUUUAAAAUAUAUAUAUUUUUUAAUAUUCUUUUCUCAGGGAAGAACAGGAGAAACUCAAUGUUUGGGUUGCGUUAUUAAACUUGGAGAACAUGUAUGGGGCAGAGGACACUCUACUGAAGGCUUUUGAACGAGCCGUCCAGUAUAACGAGCCUCUUAAAGUGUUUUUACAGCUGGCUGAUAUCUACAUCAAGUCUGAAAAGUUUAAGGUAACGUUGAUUGAUACUUUCUACAAUUAUACUUUCAGGUGGCCUGUUUUUUCAAUAUCCCUAUGGUCUCAUAUCAUCUAAAAUGUUUGGAAUGUUAGAAAUACACAUUUGUAUACCUGACGGUAUAGUGUUUAAUACAAACACUCUAGUGCCCUAAUUUUUAAAUUUUAGGCCAACAAUUCCAGUUCAGUUAUUUUGGCCUACAAUUUGAAAUUCACUUUGAGUAACCAACAGCUCACUAUAGUCCAAAUCCUGCCCGAGAUAAUGUUUUCACUAAAUCAAAGUUAGAAGUGGUACCUUGGUUACACAAUUCUACAAGUCUGUGUGUUUUUGAUGAUCUGUUGCAACAUCUCAUUGUCUUAAAUUUCUCUUCCAGGAAGCCGAAAAUUUGUUUAAUACUAUGCUGAAACGGUUCCGCCAGGAAAAUACAGUAUGGUUGAAAUAUGCUACAUUCCUCCUAAAACAAGGGCAGGGGGAAGCUACACACAGGUUAUUGCAAAGAGCCUUGAAAUGUCUCCCAGAAAAAGAACGUGAGUAUUCUGAUAUCCUACAUCAUGAACAUUGUUCCUUGUAAUACAUCAGUGACACUGGUUUUUCCCCUCCCCUGUUGUCAUUAUUUAUAAACUAGAUGUGUAAUUACCUUCCACAGCCGCUGCAUAUUCUAUUUACUUCUUUAUGAUCUAUAUAUUAAACGAUGUGUGGAUAUAAAAUGUCAUUGCAAUAUAUUAGAAUUCCAUCCAGUUGGUGUAAUUUACCAGCUCACAGGAGCUCUAACCCGAUUGAAGGAUCAGGAAUGCCGAUUGCAGAUUAGUUAUUUUUGCAAGUAACAUUGUAAAUGUGCUUCUAGAUCUGUUAAUAAUAGUUCUUUAACUGGUUUUCAUGCAUGUUUGAAAUCCUUUUUAAAUAAGACUUCUAACAAAUAGUGAACGCAUAACCCAAUUAUUUCACUAUAUAAUGUGAACAAGUUAAAAAAAAAACAACCUCUUUAUUUGAUCUGAUUAUAGCAGCCUUGCACUAUAGGGUCAUUUAUUGAAUACAGCCUUGCUCCACUAUUUAUAUAAAUGGUUUUCAAAGCAGAGAAGGCUUGGUUUGCAGGAAUGCAAGCUAGAGACUCCUUUACCCAUUACCUUUAUAUUUUCAUUGGGGAUGUUUUUAUAGUCAAGAUUUUUACUUUCAUACCCCUGCCGGUGCUUGCUAGGUGUCCCAUUCCUCAGAAUGUCCCUUUCCUUCUAUCUUUCAGAUAUUGAUGUCAUUUCAAAGUUUGCACAGCUUGAAUUCCAUCUUGGUGACGCAGAGCGCGGAAAAGCCUUGUUUGAGAGCACGCUGAGCAAUUAUCCAAAGCGAACAGACCUGUGGUCCGUUUACAUAGACCUGAUGAUGAAACAUGGCCUCCAAAAGGAAGUGCGGUGAGUCGGCAUGCUUUAGUGAUGCAAUCCAACAGGGAUGGCUAAGGUACAUUCGUAUCUAUAGCAUAACUACAGCCUCUUUGAUGCUUUGCCAGCAUUAAGGCUAGCAAAGUAUAAUGGGAGUUUUAGUCCUACAACAUGUAGUCUUUUCCAAUCUGAUCAUUGUAUGCAUUUAAACAUCACACUGCUAACAGAGCAAAUAUAUUUAUAAACCUACACAUUUAUUCAACUGAAGGACACGAAGGGUCCUACAGAGUUCCCUCUGCAGUAACUUAUGAAUGCUAUCUAUGUAAUGGCAUCACUUUUUAAAUUUGUUUCCUAUAGUCAGUAAAUGAGGUGGCAGUCCUACAUUUGCUCAGGAAUAUUGCCUUGUAUAGUUAUGUUAAAGGGUUCACUCCUAGGCCAAGCCACUUUGUGUAUAAACUACAAUAUCGUAGAGUUUUAUAAUUUUAAGCAAUACCAAGCACCUUAACAAACACCAAGCAAUAUAACCACUGUUGUGGUUAUGGUGCUAGAGGUUCCCUGACAACCCCCUCCCUUCCGUCGUUUGCUCCAGGAAGCAGAAGGAGUGUUGAACACCCAGCCCAGGUAAGUUGUUAUUUCAUUUGUAAAUGGUUUAACUACUUACCCUGGGAGGGCACAAAGACACACUUGAGACCAUAACCAAUACAGUAGACUGUCUAAAAUCCACACUAAUUAUAUUAAAAAAAAAAGUAUUGAGAGUUUGCUUCACUUUCUAUUAUUUCUAAGUGCUAACCAGAUUUCCUAAUAGAGUUAUAGUUGUUUUUUCUUUUCUUUUUUUUUUUUUUGUGUUCGGUCAUGUGAAUUAACCUGAUAGAUUGUUGUCAUGCUGUUAGAUAUUCACAGUUUAAUUAAAUUAACACAUUUUAUGUUAUUCUCCCAGAGCUAUUUUUGAGCGUGUCAUUAAUCUGAGCUUAGCUGCCAAGAGAAUCAAAUUCUUCUUCAAACGCUACCUGGAAUACGAGAAGAAACACGGCACCGCAGAGAGCGUCCAGGCUGUGAAAGAGAAGGCUCUUAAAUACGUGGAGUCCAAAAGUUCUUUGACAAACACAUAA